GGCCGGGCGCGUUCUGAGGGUGCCGGGUGAAGGACUCCCUCCGCGGUCGGGAAGCCUCGGAGGGCCUGCGGAGGGCCGGGUCUGCACGGCGGCCCCCUCCCCCACGCCCGGCAGACUCCUUGUCCCGUGAGCGGUCGCUGGACCUGCGGCGCGCCCCUGCCCCGGCCGUCCCCCCGCGCCCGGCGACGCGGCCUCGGUGGCGAAGCCUGGCUACCCUUGGUUUUCCCCGUUUUCUCGGGUCUCUGUGCUUUCCUUGCCUUUUCUCCGCCCUCCUGUAAGUCCUGAAGAGUGAAGACCUAAAUCCAAAGUUAUGGCAAAGCACCUGAAGUUCAUUGCCAGGACUGUGAUGGUACACGAAGGGAACGUGGAAGGUGCAUACAGAACCCUGAACAGAAUCCUCAGCAUGGAUGGGCUCAUUGAAGACAUUAAACGACGAAGAUACUAUGAGAAACCUUGCCGCAAGCGACAGCGGGAAAGCUAUGAAACCUGCAGGCGGAUCUACAACAUGGAAAUGGCUCGAAAGAUCAACUUUUUGAUGCGAAAGAAUCGGGCAGAUCCAUGGCAAGGCUGCUGAGAUGCCGAUAGGAGGCCCACAUCCAGUUUGUCUCCACCUCUUUCUCUAUAAUAAACUCAAAUAGACUAUAUGCAAGAAAACUUGCAUGUAGAGAAGCAACCCCACUGGUCAGCAGUAGACUGUCUUUCUUAUUAAGUGAAAGACAAACAGUCCAAAAGUAGUCUAGGAGAAGAAUGGUGGUGGUUAAAGGAUAGGGAAGGGGGCUAUCAGCAAUUGUUUAAUGGGCCUAGAGUGUCAGUUUGCAAAUCUGAAAACAUUCUGAAGAUAGAUGGUGAUGAUUGCCAACAAAAAAGUGAAUGUACUUAAUGCCACUGAAUUACACACUUUAAUAGUUUAAAAAUGGUAAUUUUUGUAAAAGUCUUUUCAGUAAGUAUGUUUAAUUCUAGGGUAUGUAAGGAAAAUUUACAAACUCUGGUGGGGCAUAUACCUACCAUAUUCUACCCACUUUUAUGAGCCCUUAAGCAAAAUCUUAUUGGAAAAGCAUCAGUUACUUUUUACUGAGCUACUCCCCGCAUCCCUGUGCAACCAUUGAACAAAGAGGAGAGGAAUUAUUUAUGUAUUUGGAAUAAAUCUGCUUCCAGAAUACCUUAACAGUAGGCUGAAGUGGUGGAAUCCUUGCCAGAGCAAUAAAAGACAAGUUUAACAUCA